UAUGAAACUCUUUGCAGUCAUGUUAUAACAAGAAAUGAUAUAAACUUACCGGAAUGGAAAAAUGCAACAUUUUUAGUCCGAAGAAAUGACUUACGAAUUCAAAUAAACUUUGAAGCUGCAAUUAACUACGCUAGAGAUCAUAAUCAACUAAUCCAUUUUAUCUGUGCUGAGGAUACAUACAAAAAUAGACCAGUCUGCGGAAACAUCCGUAGGAAAUAUUUAAGUGUAAUGGACACAAAAUCGAAUGCACUAUGUGGCAUCUUACCUCUGUCAAUAGGCAUGAAAAUAGCUAUAACAACCAAUAUCUGUAUAAGCGAUGGUAUGGUAAAUGGUGCUCAAGGCAUUCUUCGCAAAAUUGUGUAUGACACCACAUCAACAAUGGAAGAAAAUGUAAAUUCUGAUGGAAACAAAGCUGUUACUUUUAGUAAACCUUCCAAGUAUAUAGUGAUAGAAAUCUUAAAUCAUAAUUCAGGACCAUAUGAUCAUCUUUUACCAAACAAUGUACCUAUCUAUCCCAUUAAACGAAAAUGUAAAUAUACACAUAAAAUAAAAAAUGGAGUAAAUAUAGCUCGAGAAUUUCAGAGAACCCAAUUACCUAUUACCCCGGCUUUUGCGAUUACAGAGUUUAAAUGCCAAAGCACUACAUUAAAAAAAUUAGAAGAUAUCAUGAUACUUCGACCCUUUAACCAAUCCAAGAUAAAUGUAAAGCUUGAUCCCGAUCUCAGAAAAGAUCUUGAACGACUUGAAAAAUGUGCAAAAAUAACCAAACAAUUAUCUACAUGGCCUAAUGCAGUAUAA